AUGAGCGUGUCUCUGGUCAUGCACGACACCUUUGUGCUCAUGGGUGCCCUAUCCAGCAUCUCGGGCCGCACAUCACGGAAUGCCAUUGUGCGAGUUGAGCCUCAAAUGGUCGAAAAGAUCAGGAACUGCAUCCCGAACCACCGUGGUGAUCCGGGUGGCGAUUUUGAGGCUCUCCUCCUGUCCAGUCGAGCCUCCAAGGAUGCUUCCAAGGAUGCUUCCAGGGUGCUUCCAGACAGGGAGAAACUCAACCAGCCAGCGGGCACGCGUUGUUCGCCUCCUUUCCUGGUCACUUCAUGGAUGUCAGGGCCAGCACGCCAGAGACAUCUCAUCCCGCGUCGAAUAAGAUCAAAUCCGAGGCGGUUGCCUUUUAGGCCAUCCCCGGAAUCAUCGAUCCAGCACCGGUUCAGUGAUCUGUCGGCCCUGCCCGACGUCAUGCGUGCCGGCGAUCAAGGAGCUAACCACAACAACGCGCCGACGCGACCGGCCUAUUGA